UCAAUUUGGACACAGAUUUGAUCCAGAUUUCCAAAGUGAAUCAAUAUUGGAUCCCAAAUUAUUGACACUUUCCUUGUACAUUGCUUGUUUCCUCCGUGGCCAUCUCGAUUCCCUUUCCAUCUCUUGACUCACCUUCAUCUCUCACUCCCUCCCAUUCUGUUCCAACUUCCCUGCACCCUCGUGUUACCUACGGUGCUACGGUGCUUCACUGCAACUUCUAACCUGGAGUACCUAACCUGUGGCUGCUGCCGCUACUGCUGCACUCCCACCACCCACGUCAAUUCGUCUCACCGUGACCUGCGUCGCAUUCUUAACCCCCCCGACCUGGUGCUCUCACCUGACCAGAUCCAAUUUGUCGGUCCCUGGCCGAAUGUCACCCUGACGCCAAAAAAAAUUCCGUCUCCCCCCCAAACUUGGGAUUUACUUUACUCAAACUCCGCGACCAUCCCACGCUCCCACGCCCUCUCCCACGCUCUCAAUCAACAGCCUGCAGUAAGCCGAGUCUCCGACCCCUCGGCCGACAUCGCUCUCCACGGUCAGCCUCCAAGAAUUCAACCAACCUUGGAUCCGAAUCCAGACCUGGAACGCAACUCGCCUCGCCUCGCACACCGCUCUCUCUCACCUGGCCGCCGCGGCGCCGUCCAGUACCAUCGCCCCGCGUGCAUUGCCAGCCGCACCCGGGACCACCACAACUGACACCAAAGUUCACCAACAAUAGCACAGGCGUUCAAGCAUCGCCCAAGCCUGGCCUGGCCUGGCCUGUCACCCAUACUCUUCGCUGUUUCUCUCCAGUGUUCACCCUGUGGUCCUGCACCCAUCUGGACAAACUCAGUCACAGACCCAACCCCGACCGCCCCGACACACGCUCAAACCCGAGUCCACGUAUGCGCCCAUCAGCAAAAGACGAGUCUAGACUGCCCGGCGGCCAGCACAAGCACUGAGUCUCGAGUCUGCACCGCUCUCUCUCUCUCGUCCCUCCAUCCCAAAACACGUCGCACAACAACAUGUCCUGACUUCGUCUACCCUCCCCUGCCGAGUCAUGCCCGUCCAGUCCAAGCCCAUCCCCGCCCUCUACACGGUGUACAUCCUCCGUUCCACCGUACGCCACGCGUCUCUCUACAUCGGCUCGACGCCCAACCCCCCGCGCCGUCUGAAGCAGCACAAUGGCGAGGCCCGCGGCGGCGCUGCUCGCACUUCCCGCCUAAGCCUACGGCCCUGGGAGAUGGUGGGGCUGGUAUCCGGCUUCCCGGGCAUGGUUGCUGCUCUAAAGUUUGAAUGGGCGCUGACGAACCCGCAUUUGUCUCUGCAUAUACCCUCCACGUCUCGCAUCACCGUCUCAAACGGAGUGAAGAAGAAUGGACGUCCCCGCCGACCUCGUGCUAGCCUCUCCUCGAUAUUGUCCAAUCUACAGCUCCUGCUAGGAGUACCGAGCUUCCGUCGGUGGCCGCUUACACUACACUUCUUUGCAAAGGAUGUACACAAAGCAUGGGUUUCCUCCUCUGCCAAGUCAACCGAGCCUCUGCGAAACACCCUCAACAUAGUCACCGACUUCGGCCCCGACCCCGCCGCAUCUUCAGACGACGUCGCUUGGGGCAUCCAUGCCUUGCCUGUGGACUACACGCACAUGAAGCCAUACGUUGAAAAAGCACAGUCCAUCAUUGCCUUUGAAAGAGAGGGCAGCUGUGUGGUCUGCAAAGAGGCACUACCUCACGGUCAGGGAUUACACGCCGUGUGUCCAAACGAGCCCUGUGAGGCUGUUGGGCAUCUUUCAUGCUGGAGUCGCCAUAUGCUCCACCAUGAAGAGGAUCGAGAAGUGGUCGUCCCUAUUCAGGGCCGUUGCCCACAAUGUGGGGGCCACAUUCAGUGGGUCGAUAUGAUGAAAGAGUUGUCACUACGGGAAAGGGGUGCGAAAGAAGUCGAGGCUCUUUUGAAAGUGAAGAAGAGGCGAACGAAGACCUGAUAAGAUCCACGUGGGUCUCUCUGUCAAACACGGAUCUGCAAGAUCCAUCUGCGAGAUAGCAUCCUUUCGGCCCGCAAAGCCUGUUUUUCCCAAAUGCUGCGAGUCAGCCUGGGUCUCUACAAAUCAGACGGCCAGUGUCGAAUUUUUCGCAUUGUCGUCAUACUAGUGGAGUUCUACAUUUGCGGUACUAUCGAAUUGUUUUCACAGCUCGGCUACUGUCGAUUCGGGAUGUCGAGAGCAUUCCUUGGGGCUCCGAGGGUUGCUCUAGAAGCGAUUCUGCCUGCAAAUACGUUUGCACAAUUUUGCAAGCUCAAUGGAAGACUUGGAGGGUUGUACAUCUCCGCUGGCUUACAGCUUUCACAUUCGCUGCAUUCUGGCUAAAGUCCAACGUUCGGGAAACCCACCCUGACAGUGCUGGAACGCACCGUUGAGGUUGGUUCGGGAAAGUCGACCACCCAGACUACGCCCAACGCGAUGCACAUGGCCGGAUGCAAAUAGCUUCGGGCGGUGCAUGAACGCGGAUAAUCCAGAAUCGUUGCUCGGCAUGUUUGGCUCGAGAAAAAGGUCAGACACUGAGCUGGCGCGAGGCUGGUGACGGUCUGGGGAUCUGCGACACCGGUAGACUCUGACGCCACCAUCUAAGACAGCGCGACCAGCUCCCGAGAGCUGCGGCUGCAAACAUGGGCCUGACGGGCAACAAAGGGGUCGGGUAGCUCAGAGUCCUGUUUUCCAUGGCAUGGCCUAGAUUGCCAAUCUGGCCCGAGAGCAACCACGCCGAGACCUUAGUAGCUGCG